CCCACUCCCGGGCUGCGGGUGGAGCCGCGGCGCCGGUGGCCCCGGGCUCAGUCGGCGGCGGCUCUCGCCAUGUCCUGCUACAUCUACCAGCUGCCCGCGUGGGUCCUGGACGAUCUAUGUCGCAACAUGGACACGCUCAGCGAGUGGGACUGGAUGCAGUUCGCCUCCUACGUCAUCACGGACCUGACGCAGCUGCGCAGGAUCAAGUCCCUGGAGCGCGUGCAGGGCGUGAGCAUCACGCGCGAGCUGCUGUGGUGGUGGGGCGCGCGCCAGGCCACCGUGCGGGACCUGCUGGACCUGCUGCAGCGCCUCGAGCUCUACCGCGCCGCCCAGAUCGUCAGCGACUGGAACCCCGGUCCUGAAACCCCGCCUUCCCUGCCCGACCCCCCGGACUCCGCGCCUCCAGGCAGGCCUCCGGCCGCUUCUGUGCAGGCCCCCGAGGAUGGACAGCGACAGGGACAGCCCCCGAGUCUGGCGGCCAGCCAGGACCCAGGGCCGGUGCCCCCCGGAGCCAGCCCGCCCGCUGCCGCAGAGUGUCCCCUGAGUCUGAAGCCCCCCAGCUUGGAUUCGAAGGACUCCCAGCCUUGCAGCACCUCCACUCCCCAGCAGGAGGUGCUCAGGGGCCAGUCUGCAGACGGCCUCUUCUGGGAAGAGGUGGACGUGCUCCAGGCCACGGACAACUUCAGCCCCUCCCACCUGCUGCGCCGGGGCACCUUCGCGGACAUCUACAGGGGCCAGAGGCACGGCACAGCGCUGGUCUUCAAGAGGCUGCGGGAGGUGCCCGGCGCAGGCUCCAGCGCGGUCACUAGGCUCUUGGAGGCGGAGGUGCAGGUGUGCCGCAGGUGCUGCCACCCCAACGUCCUCCCGCUGCUCGGCUUCUGCCCCGGGAAGCCCUUCAGCCUCGUCUACCCCUGGAUGGCGAACGGCUCUCUGCACGACCGGCUGCAGUGCGAGGCCGGCUCACGCCCCCUGCCCUGGCCCACGCGCGUCGGCAUCUGCUCGGGCCUGCUCCGGGCCGUGGCGCAUCUUCACAGCCUGGGUGUCGUGCACGGCAACAUCAGGAGCUCCAAUGUCCUGCUGGACGGGGCCCUCACGCCCCGGCUGGCCCACCCCGCCACGCAGCUGAGCCUCGUCCACGAGAGAUCUGGCUACACGCUGAUGAAGACGGGCCUCUUCCAGGCCGCGGCUGCCUACCUGCCCGAGAGCGCCCUCCGCCUGGGCCGGCCCUCCGAGCGCGCCGACGGCUUCAGCUGUGGCAUCGUGCUGGCCGAGGCCCUCACCGGCAUGCCCGCGAUGGACGAGGCCCGGGACCCCGUGUAUCUGAAGGAUCUGCUGCUUCGUGAGACCCCCGGCAGCAGCAGCAGCGCCUCUCGGAGCUCCCGGAGGAAGUCGGACGCGGAGAAGGCGCUGGCCCAGGAGCUGUGUCUGCGGCACCUGGACCACAGGGCCGGGCGGCUGCCUGAGGACUGUGCGCUGGCCCUGGCCCUGGCCGCCUGCCUCUGCCUGCUCAGGAGGACCCCCAGUCUGGAGGAGGCGCGUGGCCUCGUGGACACAGUGGAGGAGCGACUCCAGGGGCAGGAGGUGUCCACGUCGUCGUGGGGCGGGCUCUCCCAGGACACCAGUUCCGCCCCCAACACCCCCGAGGAAACGGACGACGUGGAAGUGUCGCCCCUGGAUGCUGCCUGCGCCUGGCCGGGCCCCUCGGCGGGGGCGCCCCCCACGGAAGGAAGGAUGCAGAUGUGCAGCCCGGCUGAGGCCACCUCCUCCUCCUCCUCCUCCUCCUCCUCCUCCUCCUCAGAGGCCCUGGCCGGCCCCGGCUGCGCCCAGGAGGCGACUUCAUGGAAAAUUGAGAUCAAUGAGGCCAAAAGGAAGCUGAUGGAGGACAUUGUGCUGUACAAGGAGGACAAGCUGGACAGCAGCGAGCUCUUUGGGUUCUGAGUGCGGGUCCCGGCCCCGGACACCCCGGCCCCUGCCGCUGGAGCCACGCUGUCCCCCCCCCCCCCCCGGGAACACGCACGCAGCCCUGUCCCGCGCCACCUUCCCGGGGGGGGGGGGGCGGUGAGAAACCUCGGUUCCCCUCGUGAGCUCGCCGAGGAUUAGGGACCCCCGGCACUCGCCCCCCUUCUAGGCUCAGUGCUCGGAGUCCCACACGGCGGGGCCUCCCCCAGACCUCUGGGACCAGUUCCAGCAGGUGACAUGACCUGGAGGCUUCCGGGGGUCUCGGUGCAGCUCCUGACUCUUGUAUGCCAGCUGCGGGACCCCACACCUUAUCGAGGGGAGGCCCUGAACCGCAGGCGCCCCUACCCGGUCACCCCUCCAGUGACACUGCGCUGGGGCUCGCAGUCUGACAAAUGUGGGUCAUUCCUGCCUGGGGGAGGGAGCCGGGGCCCGAGACCCUCACGCCCGGUGCCACUGCUGUGAACCGCUGUGUUUCUGCAACUGCCCGCCCCCUCACGCUCUGGAAAAGCCCUCCCCAGUAAAGGGACCGCUGCAGUCUUGGGCUCACGCACCGGCUGAGUUUCUGGAAGACCAGUGGGCUGACCCACGGGGUCACACUCCCUCCGUCGGGUGACCUUCUGUGUAGAUGCGUCUCGUCUUGUGGGAUAAAAUAAAGGGGUCAAGCCCACUGGCUCUCUGACAACA